GUGUGGAGUUGAGCGUGCGGUGGUGUGGACGGUGUUCUCUGCUCCAGUUUCUGAGUGUUUCCUACCUCUACCGAGCCGCAGCAUGGAUGUCGCCGCAGCAGCCGCGGAGCAUGCCGGGACGAUGGUGAAGGACGAGCUGGCAGAAAAAUGUCAGAAGUUGUUUCAAGCUUUCUUGGAGGAGUUUCAGAGCGGAGAUGGAGAGGUGAAGUACGUCCGGGAGGCCGAGGAGCUGAUCCGGCCUGAGAGGAACACCCUGCUGGUGAGCUUCACAGACCUGGAGGGCUUCAACCAGGAGCUGGCCACCACCAUCCAGGAGGAGUACUACAGAGUGUAUCCUUACCUCUGCCGAGCUGUGCGCAACUUCGCUCGGGAUCAUGGGAACGUUCCUCUGAACAAAGAGUUCUACGUCGCCAUCGAGGAUCUGCCCACCAGACACAAGAUCCGUGAGCUGUCCUCCAUGCGUAUCGGCACCCUGGUGAAGAUCAGCGGUCAAGUGGUGAGGACGCACCCAGUCCACCCUGAGCUGGUGAGCGGUACCUUCCUGUGCAUGGACUGCCAGGCGCUGAUCAAAGACGUCCCUCAACAGUUCAAGUACUCCCCACCAACCAUCUGCAGGAACCCUGUCUGCAACAACCGCUCCCGCUUCCACCUUGACACCCACAAGUCCAAAUUCAUUGACUUCCAGAAGGUGCGAAUCCAGGAGACGCAGGCGGAGCUGCCUCGAGGUUCCAUCCCACGUUCCCUCGAGAUCAUCCUGAGGGCAGAAGCUGUGGAGACGGCUCAGGCCGGGGACCGCUGCGACUUCACCGGGACUCUCAUCGUUGUGCCAGACGUGUCUCAGCUCAGUACUCCUGGCUUGCGGGCAGAGACCAGCACUCGUGUAGCUGGAGGUUCUAAAGGCUUCGAGUCGGAGGGUUUAAGAGGACUGAAGGCUCUGGGAGUCCGAGAGCUGUCCUACAGACUGGCUUUCCUGGCCUGCAACGUGGCCCCGACCAACCCACGGUUUGGUGGGAAGGAGCUGCGGGAUGAGGAGCAAACCGCUGAAAGCAUCAAGAGCCAGAUGACAGAGAAGGAGUGGGAGAAAGUGUUCGAGAUGAGCCAGGACAAGAACCUGUACCACAACCUGUGCACCAGCCUCUUCCCCACCAUCCACGGUAACGACGAGGUGAAGCGAGGCGUCCUGCUCAUGCUGUUUGGAGGCGUUCCCAAGACGACCAUGGAAGGAACGUCCCUGAGAGGAGACGUGAACGUCUGCAUUGUAGGAGAUCCGAGUACAGCCAAGAGCCAGUUCUUGAAACAUGUUGAGGAGUUCAGUCCCCGUGCCGUGUACACCAGUGGGAAGGCCAGCAGCGCUGCAGGUCUGACAGCGGCCGUGGUCCGAGACGAGGAGUCGCACGAGUUUGUCAUCGAGGCUGGAGCUCUGAUGCUCGCAGACAACGGAGUGUGCUGCAUCGAUGAGUUUGAUAAGAUGGACCUCAAGGACCAGGUGGCCAUUCACGAAGCCAUGGAGCAGCAGACCAUCAGCAUCACCAAGGCUGGAGUGAAGGCUACGCUGAACGCCCGCACCUCCAUCCUGGCUGCUGCCAACCCGGUCAGUGGGCGCUACGACCGCAGCAAGAGCCUGAAGCAGAACGUGAACCUGUCGGCGCCCAUCAUGAGCCGCUUCGACCUCUUCUUCAUCCUGGUGGAUGAAUGUAACGAGGUUACAGAUUACGCCAUCGCCAGGCGAAUUGUGGACCUGCACUCCCGAGUGGAGGAAUCUGUGGACAGACUGUACUCUCUGGACGAGAUCCGCAGAUACCUGCUCUUUGCCAGGCAGUUCAAACCAAAGAUCUCCUGUGAGUCCGAGGAGUUCAUCGUGGAGCAGUACAAGCGUCUCCGGCAGCGCGACGGCUCCGGCAGCGUCUCCAAAUCUGCCUGGAGGAUCACGGUGCGACAGCUGGAGAGCAUGAUCCGCCUUUCAGAGGCCAUGGCCCGCAUGCACUGCUGCGACGAGGUGCAGCCCAAACACGUGAAGGAAGCCUUCCGUCUCCUCAACAAGUCCAUCAUCAGAGUGGAGACGCCUGAUGUCAACCUGGAGCAGGAGGACGAGCUGGAGGAGGAGCAGCAGGACGAUGGCGUGAACGUCCCCAAUGGAGUCAAUGGCGUCAACGGUCAUGCUGAUGGUAUUAAUGGUCAUAUAGACGACGUAAAUGGUCACGCUGAGCCCGGCACCCAGCCCAAACCGUCCCUCCGCCUGUCCUUCGCCGAAUACAAACGCAUCUCCAACCUGCUGGUCCUACAUCUGCGCCGAGUGGAGGACGCUGAGGAAGAGGAGGAGCUGAAGAAAACCUCAGUGGUUAACUGGUACCUGAAGGAGAUCGAAGCAGAGAUCGACUCUGAAGAAGAGCUGAUCAAUAAGAAGGCUCUGAUAGAGAAGGUUAUCCACCGGCUGGUGCACUUUGAUCACAUCCUCAUCGAGCUGUCCCAGGCAGGCCUGAAGGGCUCGGAGUCCGAGAGCGCAGAGGAAGGCGUUGUUCUUGUCGUCAACCCAAACUACAUUUUGGAGGACUAAAUUUGAAAACACCAUAGAUGCUCGUACGUACCAGUGUUGAAGAUGCUUGUGGCCUUACUAUCUGAAUCGAUCUGACGUGUACAAAGAGAAAAAGUAAGGCGUUGUAAAUAUGCUGCUGUUUCUUACAAUAGUUUUGGACUUUUUAGUCGGUUGAACUUGUCUGAACUGAGCAAGUGUUCAUUUCUUUCUCAAACUGUAUAAUAAAUACACA